AGAGGGGCGGGGAGGGAGUGGUGCCGUAAAGCGCGGGCGAUGUCGGGGCUGGCGGGCUUGGCGGCGCCGGUGGCCUUCGAGAAGCGGCUCCUGGUGACGGGCGGCGCCGGCUUCAUUGCUUCACAUGUAGUGGUCUCUCUCGUGAAAAACUAUCCAAACUAUCUGAUUAUAAAUUUAGAUAAGCUCGACUACUGUGCAAGCUUGAAGAAUCUUGAAACUGUCUCUGGGAAGGAAAACUACAAGUUUAUCCAGGGAGAUAUUUGUGAUCCUGAUUUUAUAAAACAGCUCUUUGAAACUGAGAAAAUAGAUAUAGUCCUUCAUUUUGCAGCCCAAACACAUGUAGAUCUUUCAUUUUGGCAUGCCCUGGAGUUCACCUAUGUGAACGUUUAUGGCACUAAUGUGCUGGUUGCUGCUGCACAUGAAGCCAAUGUAGAGAAGUUUGUCUAUGUUAGUACAGAUGAAGUAUAUGGAGGUAGCACUGAUGAGGAAUUUGAUGAAUCUUCACCAAAACGUCCAACAAAUCCCUAUGCCUCCUCUAAAGCAGCUGCAGAGUGUUUUGUUCAGUCUUACUGGGAAAGGUACCAAUUUCCAGCUGUUAUCACACGGAGCAGUAAUGUUUAUGGACCACAUCAGUAUCCAGAAAAAGUUAUUCCAAAGUUUAUAUCUUUGUUGCAACAGAACAGAAAAUGCUGUAUUCAUGGUUCUGGACUUCAGAGAAGGAAUUUCCUUUAUGCAACUGAUGUGGUAGAAGCAUUCCUUACUGUCCUGAAGGAGGGGAAGCCAGGGGAAAUUUAUAACAUUGGAACUAACUUUGAGAUGUCCAUUGCCCAGCUUGCUAAGGAGCUAAUCCAUUUAAUAAAGAAGACCAGUUCAGAAUCUGAAAUGGAGCACUGGGUGGAUUAUGUCAAAGACAGGCCUACAAAUGACCUGAGAUAUCCAAUGAAUUCAGAAAAGAUGCACAACUUAGGAUGGAGACCUAAAGUGCCUUGGAAAGAAGGAAUAAAGAAAACAAUUGAAUGGUACAAAGAAAACUUUCACAACUGGAAAAACUCGGAGAAAGCUUUGGAGCCUUUUCCUGUGACAGAGCCAUUUGCACAGCUCAGUGGUCCAUAGGGUGGUGCAGAAUCUGAAGGAGUUUUUUCUACCUCAUACGGUCUUUUCUUCAAAACCUGCAAUCAAGUGGCUGCACUGGAGUCUGAAUGUUUUCAAGAUACAUGGCAUGAGUACAGAGCUACGGUGUGGCACAACUUUGGAAUGGUUUUAGCUUUUGGUGCAAUACUCUAUUCUCACUAGGUAUCGAUUUUAAAGACCUGCACGGAGUGAAGCAUAUUUAUAAUGCUAUAAAGUAGUGUAACUGAAGUAAAAUCUGCCUUAUUAACUAAAAUAAUUAAUUGAAACUAUAGCUUUGGGACUUUCUGUUAGAUUCGUUUUAGUUGUGGAAUCAUUCAUCUGUAUUAGUUUGUUUUUAUGGUGUAAUAUUUUUGUCACUUCAAAGAGGUUUUAUUUUUAAUCGAGGGGAGAAAUGUUAUAUUUUUUUUUUUGCGAAUUGAAAUGAGUUGAUAAAAUCUAGACAUGGCACCUGUAUUUUUCCAUCCAUUUCUCUUUGGUGCAGUAUUAACUUCUGUAGGUGGCUGAUUAAACUGUUACCUACUGUAUAACUUUAAAUGCCCCUUUUUAAGGAGAGCAAAGGGGAAAGGUGUCAAAAAGUAGUAGGUGUUCUUGCUGAGAUUUCCAGAAGCAUUUUCUUAAAUUUUGUCCUUUUUUUAGUCUCUUACUGUCUUUUACAUGUUAAUUUCCUUUUUGUAAAUGUAAUUGUAACAAACUUGAAAUACUGGAACACAGUUAACAUUCCAGUGAUAUUAUGUCCUGUGAUAUGAAGGUUAUUUAUGGAGAAAAUGUUUUUAAAUAUUUCUUUUUCUGUGAAUUGUGGGUUGGCAGACUUUAUUCAAUGCAGUGUUUUCACAAUUUUUUUUUCCUGUAACAUUUUAAAGAUAAAACAAUAUUUGAAUUUUAAUGUAAAAUUUGGAAAAAAACAUCAAUUCUAGAAAUAUGUCAGUGAAUCUUUUUCUAAGUUGAUUUAGUAAUAAAAGUCAUGGCGUAA